UAAUCAAUCGUAGCAUACACUGAAAUAUUGUUAGUCGCGUUUGAUGUCACAGAUAUUUUCUUCUAAGACUAAGCUCCAAGCAAGAAUGAUGAAAUCAGGUAAAAACAGUGAAAAACCCUGUCUGCCUCCGCAGAAAAAGAUCGGUCAAAGAAAUGUCCACCAUUUUGGCAAUGAAUUAGGGACUCACUUACGGGAACAACAGAGACCUUUUUCUGAAAAGGACCGUAUAGGAUCAAAUAACACAUAUUUAGAUCAACUAGCAUCUAGUUUCAGGAGAUCUAUGUCUAAGGAGCACCAACUUACCUCUGAAAAGCAGACCAAUGUUACUUCGGAGGACUAUGAACCAGAUGUACAGCAAAUUUACACUUUAGAAGAUAUGACAGAGAGUAAAGAAACCGUAAUUGAGCAACCAAUCAAAAGAAUUUGUUCCGUGGACGACUGCAAAGUUGAACCCUGCAAAUCCACAGUCACCUUAUCUAACCAGUCAAUUAUAGAUUCAAGAAAAUGCCAGGAUGCAUCGGCAAAACUUUCUCAACUUAAACUUACAGUUGUUGAUCUGAUCGAUCAAACGAUUCGCCAAUUGGAGUCGGAGAAGCAGCUCGGUCAUGCUUCAACCUUACAUCCCAGCGGCGAUGGCUCCAAACCGCUACACCGAGUUCAGAACCUCAAGGUGCUCAAAACGGACUCUUUCGCACAGUAUCGUACCGCAAUCCGAAGGAGGCUGUAUAUGGAAAUUGAGCAAUUAAUUUCUCGCCUCAAAGAUAUGGAGUGUCUGGAAUGAAAUUCGUUGUCUUGAGGAUGGCUAUUUUAUGUUUUA